AAUGUUGGUCAGAGAAAAAAUCCGUUAUGGUCUGCUGCACGGAAGCACAGGAUAACUGCUUCAAAUUUUGGUGCGGUAUUAGGUGCAAUAAAAAGAAAUAGUUUUACAUCUCCCCUUCAAAAGAGGUUACUAUCUGCCUAUAAUUUGGAGGCAAUCAGGAGUAUUUCAUGGGGAAUUAAUCAUGAAAUAGAAGCUAUAAAGGCUUACAAUGAAACAUUUGGAACUGUCAUUGAAGAAACAGGUACUCUGCAUGUGUCUGGGGUUCUUGGCGCAUCACCAGAUGGAAUUAUUAAGCCACAGAAGUGUAUUUUCGAAGAAGAUAACAGUUUGACUCUCCGCAAAGACCAUGAUUAUUACCAUCAAAUACCAAGCCAGCUUCAUAUUACAAAUAAAACAUCAUGUGAUUUAGUCAUCUGGACAUGCCAGGAUGUUGAGUGUAUAAGAAUAACAAGAGAUGUCAAUUGGAUUUCUUGA